AUGAUUCUUUCUGAUUUAGUACGAAACCGUGAAUCGGGGGCGAGCAGUGUGGCGAUUGUGGCGAGUCAAGUGCCGCAUCAGGUGUACAACGAAUUCGGGGGCAGUUCGAGCAGUUUUCGGAACGAAUACCAAAUCGCGCAAGGAGAGCAUGGGCUGGUCAAGGUGGAGGUGAAAAACGAAAAGGAUGGUGGGUAUUUUUGGAGGGGAAAAUGAAGCACUAGGCCUUCCGAAAAGUCGCUGAAAUUAUUUUUAGUGUUUGCACUGUGCAGAAAAUUCAGGGUGAGAGUGACAGCCCAGAAAAGUCUAUUGCACGGUGCAAAAUGCAAGAAAUUGCAGAGUGCAAAGAAAAAUUUUGUUUUCGAAUAGUGCAUGCCGCAAAAAUCACUUCAUUGACUUUGUGAAAGGCCUAGUAAAAAGGCUGUAAAACCAGCUUGGGGCUACAAGUCCUUCUGGAAAGUCGCCGGACUUUUUGCACCGUGCAAUAGACUUUUUUCGGCUGUCGCUCGCACUCUGAUAUUUUCUGCACAGUUCACGUCGCCGAAAUCACUCCAGCGAUUUUCCGGAAGGCCUAGUCCAUAAAGUCCGUAGAAUUUUUUUUGGCGACGUACCGGGUGCGUUCGCCGAAAGUGCAUGUCGCUAGUGCAAAUUCACAGCUUCCCGUGCGAAAAAAAGAAGAAAACGCACUGUGUAAAAUUCUACGGACUUAUGGCGCGACUAGUAUGGCCACACAGACAUUAUUUUUUGAGAUCGAAGUUUUUAAAAAUCUAAAAAAAAAUAUUUUUCUUUUUUUUUUGAUUUUCCACAAAAAUAGCUUUAAUUUUGCCCGAAAUUGCCACAGGCAAUAUUUAAAAAUGAUUUUGGUUUUAAACUUUCUGUAAUAUUCCAACUGCUCGACCAAAAUUUUCGUUGUUUUCCCAGAGAAAAUGGGAAAAAAAUUUAUUUCGCAAAUUUUCGACAAAAAAUGAUGAUAUAUUUUUCAAUUUUCAAGUUCAAAAAGCCCAGUAUUCUGCUUCAGACGUCUCCCUUGGCUCAGUUCACAAUCCAAACGAUCGAAAUACCCCAUCGGACUCGAGCAUUCUCAACCUCACGGACCAUGAGCAGAGUAGUGAAAGUGCUCCAACCACCUCAACUGGAAAGCGAUGUAAGUGCAAGUAUAUUGGAUGAAAUGCAGGCCUUUGCAAUUCGCAAAAUGUAGAGUGGUAUAUUUCAGGACAUCUGCGAGAUCUUUAAGUUUUAUUUUGCUCAAAGUUUUCAGAUUUUUUGGCCAAAAAUGGGCAAAAAAUGCCAAUUUUUUCUGAUUUUCAGUUUGAAAAAUUUUUUUGUCUAGCGUAAUUUUUCUUUUGCAAAAAAAUGUCCACUCACUUUAUGAAAAUACUAAUAUAUAGUAGUAAUUUCCCUUUCAUUUUUCAGCCAAAUUCUCGCAAGACCGGCGAAAAGCCGCCACACUGCGCGAACGCCGACGUCUGCGCAAAGUGAACGAAGCCUUCGAGCUGGUCAAGCAGCGCACUUGCACUAAUCCCAACCAAAGACUCCCCAAGGUCGAGAUCCUGCGCGGCUGCAUCGACUACAUAAACAAAUUGGAGGGAAUGCUCCAGGCCCAAGGCAAAAUGACCACCAUUAUGGCGAGGAAUGCCGGAAUCCCCAUUGAUGGUGAGGAAUUGAACGAUUUUUUGAUGGAAAAAUUUGGAAAAAUCGAAAAAAUGUGGAUUGAUCUUUUAAGAGAAAAAAUGAAUUAUCUCAAAAUUGGCAGAAAAAUAAGAGAUUUUUUGGUGGAAAAAAUUGAAAGAAUUAUUAUUUUUUUGCGAAAAAUUCGAAAGAAUCAAAAAAAUUAUUGACCGAUUUUUUGGAAGAAAAAAUUGGAAAAAGUGUUUUUUACAAAAAAUAAGCUAUUUUUUGAUGGAAUUUUUUUUUAAAUGUGAUUUAAAAGCGGAAAAAUUUUGAAAAAUUAAAAAAUUGUGGAUCGAUUUUUUUGAGGAGAAAUUAGGAAAAAAAUUUGGAUGAAAAAUAAGCGAUUUUUUGGUGGAAAAAUCGGAAAAUAAAAAAAAAAUUUUAGGAAAAGAAUGCGAUUUUUUGAUUGAUUUUUUAAUGUGAUUUUAACGCGAAAAAUUUUGAAAAAAUCGGAAAAAUGUAGACCAAUUUUUUCACGGAAAAAUUGAAAAAAGUUUUUGAUGGAAAAAAUUAAAAAAACUUUUUUUUAUCAAAAGGUUAGUAAAAAUAGCAAAUUCAGGGACCUCUGGCUCGUUUUUCCUCACUGACCCGUAUGGCCAACAACAGCAUAUUGAGCUAGAGCCGCAUAUCCACGAUCAUCAACAUAGUCAUCCUAGGGCGAUGGAAGAGGUCCCCAAAUAUGCGAAACAGUCGAGGCAACGGGUCCAAAGCAUCCCGGACACCAUUGGCGCCACUCCGGCCAAGCGGCCGAAAACAAAAUCUCAGUCAAAGUAAGGGGCCUUUUGCAAACCAAAAUUUUCGAAAUUUGAAUAUUUAAAUUUUAAUUUAAGUUCUUGAAAUUUUGACGAUGAAAUUUUAAGAGUAAAAUUUUACAUAUUCAAAUUAUAAAAUUUCAAACUUUUCAAAAAAAAUUUUUUUAAUUAAAUUUUAAAAUUUAAAUAUUUAAAUUUCAAUUUAAGUUGAUGAAAUUUUGACGAUGAAAUUUUCAAGGCAGAUUUAUGUUUCAAAUUAUAAAAUUUCAAAUUUUUCAAAAAAAAAUUUUUUUAAUUAAAUUUUUUUAAAUUUGAAUAUUUAAAUUUUUUAUCCCAAAGAUAUUAGGGUGUCCCAUAAAUCUUGCAAAUUUUUGGGUUUAAGAAUGAACGUCUCAUUUCGGGGGCCUAGAGAACUGUACUCCUUAAUGUUUGGUACUGUUAGAACCACCAUCCUUUACACUUGUUAACAGCAUAAAAAUUUUAACUAACCACGUGGCCUCCGGGCAAAUACUUAACAUUCUUUAAAAUCAUCCAGUUUUGGGAAGCGUUAGUAAAGCGAUCCCGUUCUUUGGUAAGUGAGGCUGCACCUUUGCAACCACACUUUUCAAUAAAUCUACUGGGUGCUCUGUUUCUAAAUAAGCGGCGCUUUCCACUGAAUUAGUGCUUAUGACGCUGUCCUGCACGUUCCUUGUAUUAGGCGUCAUGGUGAAUAUCACGAUGUACACACUUUUGCGUAUAAAAUUUUUUUGAGGGUGGUUUCUCAGGUCGCGCGGUUACCAUAAUGAAAAUAGCAUUAGAUUUAUGCGUUUUAAGUAAGGAUCCGUUGGCUACCUUGUUUUGAAUUACCACUGACCCAAGAAAAUUUGAAAAAAUGAGGUGCAUUUACUCAACACCAAAAAAGUUGUCAUGAGUACAAAUAACAUUGUAGUGCACUGUGUUCUAAACAGUGACAUAUGUAUUUUACCGUAGCAAGAGGAUUUUGAAAUAGCGGUGCUAGGUGCUGAAAAAACACUCUAUUUUGAAAUUUUUUCGUAAAUUUUAAAAAUAAUCGGGAAAAUUUUUAAAUUUUGUAUAUCUCAGGGCAAAAGAGUGACACAUGCGGUAAAUAUAGCCGCAUUAUGUUCACAAGUAAGCGUAGACUACACACGAUGCACAUCUACGGCCAACACUUUCUACCUUCGGAAAACCAGGUCAGAAAAACAUGAGUGCAACAGUUUUCAUGUUGGUCAAACCACCACAAAAGUACCCAUGCCUGUAUCGCAGCGCGGACUAUAAUAAGAUCCAAAGCUCUCACGCGUCCUAUUUUCACGUUUAGUGGGCCAACAGAUCUAUUUGUACAAAGCAUAUAUCUAUUUUAAAAUCAGCAAGCAAAAUUUUUCUUAAUGUCUACUAUAAUAUCGGGGCAGUGUGGGUAGGAGGUAGACCUUAUGUGGCUUUGUCAUAUACAAUUUAGAAGCCCUUUAUCUGAGCUUCAGAACAGUAUAUCCAACAUACUCCAUAAUGCGUUUCAAAGCUUACAAGAAUUCGCACAAAUCGACGACCCAAAAAUUUGCAAGACUUAUGGGACACCCUAAUACCAUAAAUCACACUGAAAUUUUUUUUUCAGAGCCCACGAAUUAACUCCUCAACCUCAAGCCAGUCAAGUCAUCGAAUCUCAAGGCAAGCCGGACCUUGCUUCCCAUUCUCAACUCCCAAAGAAAAAGGAUUAA